GGAGAAGGAGACGGAGAAGGAGGAGGAGGAGGAGGAGGGCGCGAGUGCGAGUCAAGAAGCGGUGGGGCAAUUUAUCAAGAUAACCUGACUUUCAGCUCAGUUAGCCAAUGGGACAUUUCAACAUCCAUACUAAUUUCACUGCACCCUAGUCGCCAGUGUGGAUGUGGGAAGCAUGCAGACCAUAAAGUGUGUGGUGGUGGGCGACGGUGCUGUUGGUAAGACUUGUCUUCUCAUCUCCUACACGACAAACGCCUUCCCAGAGGAGUACAUCCCCACCGUAUUCGACAACUACAGUGCCCAGAUAAGUGUGGACGGCCGCGCCAUCAGCCUCAACCUGUGGGACACGGCAGGCCAGGAGGAGUACGACCGCCUGCGCACGCUCUCCUACCCCCAGACCAACGUCUUCAUCAUCUGCUUCUCCAUCGGCAGCCCCUCCUCUCAUGCCAAUGUACGACAUAAGUGGCACCCAGAGGUAUCCCAUCACUGCCCCGGAGUUCCAGUGCUGCUGGUGGGCACCAAGAAGGAUCUGCGUGGAGAUGCAGAGGCGGUGAAGAAGUUGAAGGAGCACGGCCUGGCCCCCACAAACCAACAGCAGGGCAACGCCUUAGCCAAGCAGAUCGGCGCUGUCAAAUACCUGGAGUGCUCAGCUCUGAUGCAAGACGGUGUGAGGGAGGUGUUUGAAGAGGCCGUGCGAGCUGUGCUCUACCCCGUUACCAAGAAAAAUGGCAAGAAGUGUGUUCUGUUAUAACUAUGUGCCUAGACUGUAGGGGGACUGGGGGAAGAGACUCACACGAUUGGUGCUGCCAUUUUGGCUCCCAAUAGGCCUUCCACGUUCUAACCCUCACCACUGUUGGCUUUGCCUGGCUUCUAUAUUAAUUGAUUGUUUGUCAAGAGGUCCUCUCCACUAAGAUGUGGUUUUAAUUGAUGCCACCAACCUUCCUAUGGAUUUUUUGUAUCUCUGAAAUCAAAACCACAGCGAAGAUGCUAAGGGAUUUCAAUGGUGCCUUCUCAGCCACUUGCUGCCUUGUGUCCUCACCAGCUGCAUGUUUAAGAAGAUUACACAUGAUUUGACCCCUCUUUGCUUUUCUCCUUCAUCAGGCCAGUCUUGUAAUGUGUUGGACCUUUUCUGUUAACCUUGGCCUUGUUUUCAUCUGAUGUGAUUCAUAGGAAUGUUGUGUGUGUCAAUCAGUAGCCACUGUUAAACAUUAUGUUCAUCCCUCUGUGCCAUUACAGUAAUAGUUGUAGUGUCCCACACCUUUGCUCUUAUUGCAAUAGGGUUGUCAAUAAGAGAGACGGUUUGCCUCUAACAUGGUUCAUAAGCCAGGGUCGCAGGAUAUCUACCGAACUAGCCUUGCUGGAAUGAGACAAGCAAGGGUGUAUGUAUGACACUGUUCUAAUCAGUGUGCCUGUGUUCAGGGUGACAGUCUGUCUCCUAUUGCUCUUUCACUUACUUGCACUCCUUCUCUCGCUUACUCUGUAAAACCAUGAGCUUGCCAUUCCACACAAUGCUUUAUUGUCAAAACAAAGUCCUGAUUGUGUCAGAGUGAAUACAGAUUUGGGUGUCUGCUAAGUAAACAGAUGUCCUAAAGAUUAAUCUUAUAUUUGUAUCGCUGGUGGGACAAGUCAGGAAGCAAUAAUUUGAUGAGUGAUCACUGAGACCCCCCCCUCCCCAACCCCCUCCCCAAAAAGUCUAACUUCUCAGUCAAUUGACCUGCUUAUGAGUAAUAAUCUUUAUUUUUUGUCUGAAGUCAAACAGAAACCACAAGUAGAAUGUAUUUUAUGUUCUAUUGUAACUGACAUCUGUGCUGAAUAAUGCUACACAUUAGGAUGUCAUAAAAAAAAUCCUGUACCGUUUAGCGUUACUGCCCUCAUUGAGGUACGUACAUGUGUUGAAGGUACCACAUAUCAGCAGUAAUGCUGCUCAUUCAUGGCUAACUGUUAACUUAUCUAAGUGUAAUGGCAAGUAUGUAUGUAUAAUACUGCAACAGGAGCUGCAAUCCUAACAGUUACUUAUGUUGCAUGGGCAUGCUAGUUGGAGAGUGGAAGGUAUGGGCCUACAUGUUUACCCAAACCACUCUAGCAGGAUUGUUUUCAGUGCCUGGUGGUAUUAUUGGUAUGAAUGGUUCUGUCGUUUGCCUCGUCCCUUUGUGAUGUCAUAUGGGACCUGUAAUGAGUUGAUGUGCAGCUUCUGUACUUAAGGGCCACAGGGUCAGCUGGUUUUUCCCAUCUGACAGCAGCACUGAAUUGAAUUUGAAGUAUUGCAUUUUAGGUAUAAUUCAUAGUAAAUAUGCUGACUGAACAAUACAUGUGGUGGAAACCUGCAGAGUCUGUAGCACUUGAGAAGUAAAGUUGCACUUCCUCUGUGUGGAAAUCUUUGCCUUCUGAAACAGAUGGAAUGAAUUCCCCCCCAACACUGACUGAUAACAGAUGGGUUCUGGUGGAAUGUAAUAGUUUUUUUAAACAGGUAACCUGCUAUGACAUGUACAUCUAAUUGCCAAAAUAAAGGAAACACUUGAGUAAA